UGUUUGGCCUUGUAAAUUCUCUGUUAAACCCUAUUAGGGUUUAAGAAAGGGUUAUUGCUGCCCCCAAAAUUCGCAUACAAACGAUUAUAAAGUCCUAUUAUUAGAACUGUAUACAAUGAGAAAGUUUUUGGGAAGGCAAUUUUUGUCGGUUGAAGAAAAAUGGUGGAUUUUCUAUACAGCUCCACGGUUGAAGAGAAAAAUGAGAAAGAAAACGAGCCUGAAUUUGAUGAAUAUUCUUUGUCUUUUGCUGAUUCGUUGCUUGAUUAUGAUUCCCUCAGAGAUUUCAUAUUGGAUACAGAUGAUGAUGAUGAUGAUGUGGGCACUCGUGGAAUUCUUGUGAAUAAAGAAGAGACCCAAAUUGGGGUUCAUGAGAAUCGUUUCAAAGUUGAGUUGCCAAUGCCCAUGGGGGUAGUUGAGGAGGAGAUGGGGAAAGUUAGUAUAAGUGGGAUACAGAAUGAAAGAGGGGUUGAUCAAGCUGGUAAUAAUAGUAUCAGCAUUGAUGAAGCUGGCGUUAGCAAGAAUGAGGAGAGUGAUAAAGUUGAUGUCGCUACUAGUAGGGCUGAGGAAAGAAUUCUGAGUAACAGCGAUGCGGAGACUGAAAGUGAAAGUUCAUCCAAUGCUGAGGAAGAAGAUGCGCGUAGUAGCUCAAAUGAGGAAGCAGAAUGGGAGGAGGAGGAUAUAGAAGAAGGCGAGAUUCUACCAUCUGAUUCCGAUGAGGACACUGGUGUUAGGGGACCUAUCAGGUCCAAGAAUGAAGUUCAGGUUCUACCCCCAGUUCCAGAAGUGACUGCGACCUUACAACCACAUCACCAGAUGCAGCCUGUAGGAGUUGUGUCAUCGAUUAUUGGGGCCCAAGUUGUAGUAGAAGGGGUGGAAAAGCAUACUCCUCUUAAUGAUGGUUCGAUUCUCUGGAUAACAGAAAGCAGAUCUCCACUUGGUAUAGUAGAUGAGAUUUUUGGGCCUGUCAGGAACCCGUACUACAUUGUAAGAUACAAUUCUAACCACGAGGUUCCCCCUGGAGUCCACCCAGGCACCUUGAUCUCUUUCGUCCCUGAAUUUUCAAAUCAUAUUUUAAAUGACAACAGUCUUUACAAGAAAGGGUAUGAUGCAUCUGGUGAAAAUGAUGAAGAGGUGUCUGAGGAUGAAUUUUCAGAUGAUGAAAAGGAGGCUGAAUACAAGAGAAUGCUGAAAAUGAAAAAGAGGGGCAUCAUAAAUGACCAGAAAACAGGAUAUAAGAAGAAGGACAAAAAGAACCGCAAAAGUCGAUCACAGAACUGGAAACACGAUCAAGGUGCGGCUACAGAUGUGCAACGUGAAAAUGGUAAGCCAUCAAUCGACCAAAGUCAACGUUUUAUCCCUGCUGCUGCUUCUGCUCCACUGGAUCCAGGCAUUCAUCCAAGCGCCUCUCUUCAAGGACCUGGACUGAGCAUUAGGCCUUCAUCAGUCCCUUCAUUCCUGCAUAUACAAAAUUCCCCUGGCUUAGCAGCACAGUCGACUGGAGUUUGGACUAAUGGAAUCCCAUAUCAGCAGCCCCAGAAAAUCGGCUUUCCCAACACACUGCCAAAUGUUGAUAUGACAUGGCCCCAACAACGUCAUCCGGCACAAAUCUUUCAAAUGCCUUUGCCAAAUGCAUUACCUUUUGAGCAGCAAAUAAAUCCAGCUCUUCUGUCUCGCUUUAUGUUCUCAGGUGGACUACCAAAUUUUGGUCCAGGGCCUUCAUUUGCGGCUUGGCCUGCCUUAGGACAAAGUGUUUUUAGUCAAUCACCUAUGGCAAUGGGCUUACCAGGCCAAUUUACUCCUACACCCAUGAAUUUGGGAGGUCAGAUACCUGCGAAUGGACCACAAUCAGGACAGAACAAUAAUUCACAACCACAUGCUGUGGUUCCUGGCUCAAGCUUCAAUCAAGGUGCUCAUUCUAGUGGUGGUUGGAGAGAGAAUCACAGGGGUGGUGGCCGUUUUGGUGGUAGGAUAGGCAGGUCACAAUAUCACUGAAGCAGGUCAUGAAAAGUUUUGAGGUUUCAAAUGGGUGAUUGCAGAUGGGCAGAGGAGGGACUUGCAUAAACUUUAGAAUGUGUAUUUAGUUUUCAAACUUUUUUAGUGUAGUUAUGAGUUAUGACUAAGGUGGAUGGUACAUAAAAUAACUUUUAUAUAUGAACCUACGACAUAGUGAUAGACCUAAAUAUAUACAACAACAACAACAAA